CUGCCAUUACCGCAGGAGAAGGUAACCAUGAAAACGAAACAAUGUUAAUAAAUUCUAGCUAGAUUUUGUUGCCUGCCAAAGUUCUGAGCCUGGGGCCUGCUCUCAUUUUAUUGAAAAGGAAGAUUAGGAAGUGCCGGGGAGAUAUUAACGGUAUUCUAGUAAUAAAUGGGACUUUCUCCAUCUAUUUUAAAAGAUCGAAAUAAAAUUGAAAAGCAUAAAAAUAACUUCAAAGUAGUACACUGUUAUUCAAUGUAGUGUUACUGAAGUGUUUAAAAUAAUCUCUUAUUACAUCUAAAGGUAUCUCAGCCCCAGGCUCGGGCUAAUGGAACACACUGCUGUGAAGGAAAGAGCCUCGGCUUUGGAGCCAAAUGGAUCUGGGUUCCAACCCUGAUAAUGCCCUUAACCAACUGAGCGCUGCAGGUGUCGCCAGCACCAAUAGACUGAAGACGUCUGCAGAACAUCAGGGUUCUUUCUUCACAGUUAAAACUCAGGUACUUUAUGACCCAGGCUGCCUUCUGGAUCAGAAAGAUACUGGAAGCUGUAAAACACACAAAGCCAGGUUUUAUCACCUAUGUGUGCAGAAGGACACCAGCCCUGAGUGUGUGCCACUUCAUGCCCCUGUCACGUGAUCCUCUGUUUACCUGACUCCACUUUUCCGGGUCCAUCCCUGGAUAGAGGAUGAAAGAAGCCACAGUAAAACCUGGCUGCCUGGGGCUAGCUGCCCAUUCAUAGAGUACCCUGUGCACACUGAAAUCCAACUCACCCAUGCCUAUUUCCUGUAAUGGACGAACUUGAUGCUAAUGUGAGUUCCAAGGAGGGUUUCGGGUCAGUGGAGAAAGUUGUGCUGCUCACAUUUCUGUCGGCUGUUAUCCUGAUGGCAGUCUUGGGGAACCUGCUGGUGAUGGUGGCUGUGUGCAGGGACAGGCAGCUCAGGAAAAUAAAAACCAAUUAUUUCAUUGUGUCUCUUGCCUUUGCGGAUCUGCUGGUGUCAGUGCUGGUGAUGCCCUUUGGUGCCAUUGAGCUGGUUCAAGACGUCUGGAUUUAUGGGGAGAUGUUUUGCCUCGUCCGGACAUCUCUAGAUGUCCUGCUCACAACGGCAUCGAUUUUUCACCUGUGCUGUAUUUCUCUGGAUAGGUAUUAUGCCAUCUGCUGCCAGCCUUUGGUCUAUAGGAACAAGAUGACCCCUCUGCACAUCGCAUUAAUGCUGGGAGGCUGCUGGGUCAUCCCCUUGUUUAUCUCUUUUCUCCCUAUAAUGCAAGGCUGGAAUAACGUUGGCAUAAUUGAUUUGAUAGAAAAAAGGAAGUUCAACAAGAACGCUAACUCUACAUACUGCAUCUUCAUGGUCAACAAGCCCUAUGCCAUCACCUGCUCUGUGGUGGCAUUCUACAUCCCGUUUCUCCUCAUGGUGCUGGCCUAUUAUCGCAUCUAUGUCACAGCUAAGGGGCAUGCCCACCAGAUCCAGAUGUUACAACGGGCAGGAGCCCCCUCAGAGGGCAGGCCCCAGCCAGCAGACCAACAUAGCACUCAUCGCAUGAGGACAGAGACCAAAGCAGCCAAGACCCUGUGCAUCAUCAUGGGUUGCUUCUGCCUCUGCUGGGCUCCAUUCUUUGUCACCAAUAUUGUGGAUCCAUUCGUAGACUACACUGUCCCUGGGCAGGUGUGGACCGCUUUCCUCUGGCUUGGCUACAUCAAUUCUGGGUUGAACCCCUUUCUCUACGCCUUCUUGAAUAAGUCUUUUAGACAUGCCUUCCUCAUCAUCCUCUGCUGUGACAAUGAACGCUACCGAAGACCUUCCGUUCUGGGCCAGACUGUCCCCUGUUCAACCACAACCAUUAAUGGAUCCACACAUGUGCUAAGGACAGAUUUACUGCUUGACAGAGACAUUUCAGCAAAGCAUUACACAAAACCUUCCAUGGGUGGGUCCAUUCUCAGGCACACGGAUUGUUACUGUCUGCUGGGAAGGCAGUCUGUGGUGGGGGAUGCAGUGGAGUGUGGUGGCCAAUGGGAGAGUCAGUCCCACCCCCCAACAACUUCUUCUUUGGUGGCUGCUCAGCCCAGUGACACUUAGGCCCCUGGGGCAGUGACCCUGAAGACAGCCAUCCCUCCAAGAGAGGGCCAGGUCCUAAGCUGCUGCUCGUGCCUGACUGUGCCCGGUAUUCUCUUCACCCAGCAUCCAUCCAUUGGUGCAGGCACCCCAUGCCCAUUGGGCUUUUCCUCCAGGAUUCCAGCAGGUGGCAGGGGACAGGAGGGCUCCCUUGUUCACUGGGGGUUCUCCUCCAUAGAUCCCCCUUGAAGGGAUCUUUUUAUUUCCUAGCACUCCCUCUUCCUGGCUUCAUAGUCACCCUGGCCUCAUAGUCUCUGUUGUCCCCAGUAUAUCCCCUUACUGUGCCUGGUUUGUCUCGCUCAUGUUUCAAACACAAUCACUCACUGUGUCCUGUCUCAGUGAUAGAUGUCCGCAAAUAUUCCUUCUUUGCUGUGCCUGCUCACAUAACACUGUCAAAACACAUCCUCCCUGCACCUGCCUUGGUCAGAGUUGUGUUCCAAAAGCACGCAUCUCUUGCUUGUUUGUGUCUGUCACCGCCAUGUUCAAACUACUCACCAGCUCAUCUGUGUCCUGCUCUGUGCCAGACACUAAUACACGUUCCUCCCGGAAUGUGGGUCCAAAUGUGCAUCCUCCUGGCCAGCCCCCCAUACCAGUCACAGACUUCCACUUGCUUUACCUUAUGUCCAUAUCAGUCCUUCUCUUCAGGACAUGCUCCAUUUAUUCACCAUGGAAGAAACAGGGCAAAGAUCCUUCAGAGGAAAACAGUCUCUGCAGCAACCUCGGAGGGAAGCUGAAGACAGACAGCUCCCUGCCAGUGCCAUGGCCUCAGGCCCUCCUGCUGUGGAAUGCUCGCUUUCCUGGAACAAAUCCUCUCCUAAAGCGCCUUGGGCAGGGCUGGCGGCAUCAUAGUGUUUAUUGAAAGACUUUGGAAUCUUUCCCACGAGCUUGUAGCAAAGCCCAUGGUACCAAUUUAUAACCCUUGAAUCUGGCCUUGCUGCUCCCAAAGGAGAGAACAAUUGGAGGCGCACACUGCCGAGACUUGUCACUCACUGCAGUUUCCCCAGGUGGAGGAGGCAGAACCAAGCAGCGCUUGGGGUGGAAAACAGUGCUUGACUUCAAGUCAGAGGACCUGAAUUCCAGCCCUGGCUCCACUCCUAACAUGUGGGAGAUCAUGACCUAUGCCCUUCCAUCCCUGGACCUCACUUUCUGCAUCUGUCAACUGAAGUUUGGACCAGAGGAUCUCUAAGAUUCCAUUCUGUUUCUGUGACAACAGGAUGCUGCUAUAGCCAUCAGCUACCUCAGAAAGGUGUGGCCUGCCUGCCUUUUGACUUUGUUUCAGAGGAACUAGCCACCUCAUUUGGGCCUUCUAGACCCUUGACCUUGCCAGCUUUGCCCUUCAGAUAAACCUGGAUGUCUUUCAUUCAAAGCUAAGUUCAUGGCUCUUGCCACCUGCCCCAGAGUGAAGGUCCCAGGGAGGUAAACGCCACCACAUCCCAGAGCUGUGUGAGGUUUCAACUUUGGUCUUGGCUGUGAUUUGAUAGCAUCUCAUGACUUUAUCAUACUAUCCUUGUUCCUGCUGCUUAAGAAGUCAGGUGUCAUUUCCAUUGACGUUUACUUUAGUUCUGGAAUUGCACCAGACUGGAAAGAGACUUGGAAUGAGGAAGAGAAGAUUGACCCAAACCAUCCAAAUACAAAAAAAAAAAAAAAAAAUUAUGUGCCCUGCAAAGGCUUACAAUUUUGUUGUGGAGAGAGUCAUUCCUUAGGGAAGGGGAAAAGCCUCUAAUGAGAAAUGUGACUCGGAACUCCCAAAUGCUGUUGAGAAAGACAGCGCCACGCUGAAAUGCUCCUGGUGUAGGCUGGGGCUCUCACUGAUCAGUGGAGCAGAUUCAUCUGGGGACCUAUUCUCGUCAUAUAUGAAGAAAGUUUAUUUAAGUUCUUACUCGCACAUUGACUCUGGAUGGACCAAUCCCCUGUGCUUUUUUUAAGUCACUGUUCCUCUGCCGUUAAUGAGAUUGGGGCAUAGGAGGCAACCACCUUUUUGAGGAUGAUGCUUCUCUAAUACAAAGGAGGGAGCAGCAAGGUAUUGAGCCCCAAGGCCCUGAACCUGGCAGUGAGACUCACACUAUCUGUCUGGCUGCUGCACACGCUGUUCACAACCUCUGUGAGCACACAGUAAGGAUGGGUGCAGCAGAGAAGCAGCACAGGCACUAAAUCAAUUGCUGACUUACUGUGUGACCCUGAACUAAUAACUGGACCUCUCUGGCCUCAGAAACAAUCUCUCCUGCCUACUUCACGAAGCUGCUGUGGAGAAAAAUAAGAUAAUUUUUGUGAAGAUGUUCUGUAAAUCAUAAAAUGACAUUCUGUUUAUUAUGACUUUGGGUUACUGUGGAUGCUCCUGGGAGCUCAAGGACUAAGAAUUUCUUCACCAAGGGGUGGACCAAUUUAGAGAGUGAGCUUUCUAUGUUGAAAACUAAUACCAAGGGAUCAUCUUUUUGGGGUCCAUUCUUCCAAAUUUACCCCUCUGCAUUUAGUUAUUCUAGGUUACCCAAAACACACAAACACUGAAAAUUUAUACAUCACAAACACUCUUAUUUGAGGGGAUUUUGUUGUUCUCAAAGUAAAGAGGUGGAUGGAGAGAGAUGGGGACUACAGACUAACUUUGAUGAGAAUGAGUAUAAUUUUUCAUGUAACUUCAAAGUCACAUGGAAUAAAUUCAAAUGCCUUUUUGCCAUGAAAACAUUUAUUUAGAGGAAAAAGACUUGGGUCAUCGAAAUUAUCUCCACCCUCUCUCUCUCUCUCUCUCUGUAGAAUCCCCUGUGAAAAGAACCCUCCAACAUAAAUCAGAUCAUGAAUGACCAGCUAACAAGAAUGUUACAUGAAGAGUCUACUAAGAUACUGAACCAGAUAAUUUUGAGAUUUUUUUCCUAAUCUGAUAGUCUGUGUAAAUUAUUGUUAAUUAUCAUUUAGUGUUAUUUAGCUAACACUUUAAUUUUGUUUACAGUUUUAAUAAAGCAGAAUUACAAGUGGGGCCACUCAUACAGUUUCUAGCAAAUUGAGUCCCUUUGUGUAAUCAACAUAUAAAGUACAUAUGUGCCCAUUAUACAGAACAUGGAACUUAAUUAUAUAACUCAAAGGCUUACAAGUUUUAAUGAUGGUUGUAGUUUUGGUUUUAUGAAAUUGUUAGUUAUGCUUCUGAUUUAUUUGAAGCUAAAGCUUUGAAGUACUAGGACCCCUGAUUCUAAUUUGUUUCUAUGGAAAACACUCUUGGCUUUACAAUAAUCCACUUUUUGAUGCAGUUUCCCAGAAUGUGUUCUAGGAAACAUUGAUAAAGUCUCUCUAUUUAUUGAUAAACGUUAAUAAAUUACACAUGUUUAUAUUUGUGCAUUCUGUACAUGUUUAAGAAAUUAUAUAUGGAGGGAAAUAUAAAGUCUUAAAACUAU